AUAACAUUUUCUGUCGACAUUAGGGGAUUGUUUAUUACCCCAGAAACAUGAUCAAAGUGAAUGCGUUUCGAAAACUAAAAUCGACUUUUGGAAGCAACCAUCAGCUGCGGAAGAAACAGAACCUACCACUGGGCACCGAAUAAAGCGUCCGCAAUCGAUAGUUGGCUGAGCGACAGUCCCAGCUGGUUGUAAGCCACGCGGUAACGCAGAACCUCAAGGCUCUGUUUGUUUUAUAGAUUUGCCCGCAUACGUCACUGAAAAUUCAGGUGCGGUGCCGUCAGCUGGCACAGUUCAAGGUUAGACAAUAUGGUUCAAGUGCCCGUAGAUGUCAUCAGCGGUCCCUCCCCACCCGUCCCUAUCUGUCAGUUCAUUCGACCCGGCACCAUUCCGCGCCCCCGCUCCGUCCCGUAAGGCCGGUCGGUCGAGCCGUGCCGAGGUCAAGGUCAAAGGUGGUCGAGGGAGGAUGCCCAGCCGUGGCGCGAACGCAGGGGUCAAGCGCAGGCGACCACGGAAAGGCUCCGACGGCAGAUCGAGGCGAGGAGGUGACACGGCGAUGGAGGCUAAAAACCAGCUCGGUGACGCCGCCAGUGCCGGUGCGAAGGAGAAGGCGGCCAGGAUGGGUGGCGCGCCGGCCAGCCCGCCCGCUGAGGCGCCCCUCUGGCUGCGCACCUCAUCAGCGGCCAGCUAUGCCUUCUCGUCGUUUGCCAUCAUGGCGGUGAAUAAGGAGGUGCUCACAGUGAAAAAGUUUCCGUCGUUUUUAGUGCUGGGCGUUUGUCAGAUGUUGGUGACCAUUGUCACCCUAGGUGCACUGCGGUUCGUAGGCUACGUACAGUUUCCAGCCCUCGACAGGAGUAUACCACGCAAGAUAUGGCCGCUACCUGUAGUCUAUCUAGGAAAUCAAGUCACGGGUCUAGGAGGUACAAAAAUGCUCAGUUUACCUAUGUUGACGGCGCUACGAAGGUUCUCCAUUCUGAUGACCAUGGGACUGGAGUUUUACCUGCUUGGGGUUCGUCCGGAGCUGGCCGUUCAGCUGAGUGUCUACGGCAUGGUGCUUGGCGCCAUCGUGGCUGCCUGCGCCGACCCGUCGUUUGACCUGAUGGGCUACACGAUGGUGUUCACCAACGACCUAUUCACGGCCGCCAACGGCGUCUACUCCAAACAGAAACUGGAGGCGCGCGACCUGGGCAAGAACGGCCUGGCCUUCUACAACGCGCUGUUCAUGAUCGCCCCGCUGUCGCUGGUCGCCUGGUGGCUCGGACACUGGAAUCUGGUGUACGAGUUCGCCGGCUGGUCGGACGGCCGCUUCCAGUUCCACUUUCUCACCUCGUGCGCCAUGGGCACCGUGCUGAUGUACACGACCAUGCUGUGUACGCAGCACAACUCGGCGCUGGUCACCACAGUGAUUGGCUGCAUCAAGAACAUCGCCAUCACCUACUACGGCAUGUGGUUCAACAGCGACUUUCAGGGCGGCCCGCUGGUCGUCGUCGGUCUGCACAUCAGCAUAUUCGCGAGCUGCUGGUUCGCCUACCUCAAGUUCAAAUCGAAGCCGUCCGCCACUCUGCCCGUGGCCGUUCAUCAGAAUGGCAACCGCGUGGUCACUGCGUAGCGGUCGGCCCACAGCCUCUGCCGCCGCGAGCGGUGUGCCGUCCCCUACAUGAGCGCCGUCUGCCGCCAGGUCGAAACUGCCGUUGGAUCGCUGAGAAGGUCACAAAGGAUGGUGUCUGGCCGGGGUCGAACGGGCGCGGUGUGGAAAAAUCGGCCUCUUUGCUGAGAGGCUAGCUUGUCGAGGCUAUGUCACCGAGACUAGCUCGUCGAGGCUAGCUCACAUAAGCUGGCAUGCCGAGGUUAGCCCGCUGAGGCUAUCUCGCCAGUGAGUACUCUCUCGGCGGCGGCUAGCCCGGCUAUGUGACCAGUUGGUUGUGCGUUUGUCAGGUCGGUGCAGACUACAGAGCCGGAUACGGGAGUGGGCAGCGCGGCGCAAUACGGUGCCAACUGUUAGGCAUUUCAUGGUGCUCUCCUUACCAGCGGCGGGCACAAAGAUCGUCGCACCCGGCUGGCGUUGAGGUCAGACCAAGCAGCGGGCCGUCGCUGUGCCCCAGCUGCAACAGAGCAGCGCGUUUUACGUCCGGUGUGUCUUGCGACUGUGAUCCGAGCAGUUGUGUGCUGUGUGCUAUUGUCACCACCUUUGGCCAGUGUGAUCGUGGGCAUUGAUUCUUAAUUUUCAUCAUCUCCGAUGGCACAUUCUUCCCGAUUUCGUGCACUCUUACUUCCUUCUUGAUCUAGUCUCUUCUCGAUCGCGGUUUUAUCUUGUCUCUUCACGUUUUCUCGGCACGAUUAUUUCGAAGGCAGCACGCGCAAUAAUUGCGCCGGAAACAGCAUCACCUGUCCAUUGUGCGUCUGUUAUAUGAUAUGAUGGACGCCCCGCAGGCGACUUUCGUGCCAUCUAGCGACAGGGUGGUGCAUUUCAAUUCGCUCUCGUGUGCAGGCGGCGUAUUGGCCGAUCGCUAUACUGGUAUGGAUGUGCCUGCUCAUUGGCGUCCGUUAUGGCUUUAUCUGUGAAUAUUUUAUUUGUUCAAAUACAUGUACAUAUGUA